CCGACAACCGAGAGAAGGACGCACCGGAAUCCCAAAACAACAGCGUCUACAUCUCGGGGAAUAAACCUGCGCAGAACAGGGGAAAAAAGGAACAAAAACCGCGCAUCUGUUUGUGUUUGUGUCUGCGUGUGAGUGUGAGUGUGACAGGGACAGAAACAUGGGACCGUGUUCGUCUUCUUGAGUGGAAUAUAAAAAAAAAAAACCUGCAGCAGCGGACCUGAAGGAGGACAGGCACCGGUGCGGGCGCGGGCACGCGGACACGCGGACAUGGCCCACGUAGGCAACGGAGCGACUGCAGAGGAGGAGGACUGCUUUGAAGAUGCCUACGACCGGAUACCUGCGGCUUGUCAGAUGGACCUGCAGACAGCCAUCCAGGAGACUCAGUGUGCUCUCAAUCUCGUCCUCAACAACAAGUUCUCUGAAGCCUUGGACCUCCUCAAACCAUGGUGGAGGGACAGCAUGUACCAUGCGUUGGGUUACAGCAGCAUCCUGGUGAUGCAGGCCACCAUGACCUUCGAGCACAGAGACAUACAGGCUGCCAUGGCAACCAUCAAGGAGGCGUUACAAACCUGUCAGAGGUUCAGGAAGAAGAACUCAGUGGUCGGCUCUCUGUCCAGUCUGAUCAGCAAGCAGUCCAAACUGCAGGAAGAGGAGAUGCACGCAGAGAUCUGCUACGCUGAAUGUCUGCUGCAGAAAGCCACGCUGACGUUUGUACAGGAUGAGAAUAUGAUCAGUUUUAUCAAAGGAGGCAUCAAGAUUCGAACGAGCUACCAAAUCUACAAGGAUUGUCAGAACGUGCUGAAUGUCAGUCAGGACCUUGCCGCCCAAUCAGACGCUUUCAGACAGUUUGAAGGAGGAGUCAAGCUGGGCAUCGGAUCCUUCAACCUGAUGUUGUCCCUCCUCCCUCAGAGGAUUUUGAGGUUGUUGGAGGUCAUCGGAUUCUCAGGAAACAGGGGUUUUGGUUUGUCUCAGUUGAGAGAGGGAGCGUCCAGUCACAGUUUGCGGGCCAUCCUCUGCUCCCUGACUCUGCUCUUCUACCGCACAUAUGUGUCACUGAUACUCGGAACUGGAGAGGGGAACCUGGUGGAGGCUGAAGCUCUGCUGGAGCCGUACCAACAGAAAUACCCCAAAGGCUCCAUCAUUCUCUUCUACUCUGCUCGCAUCUCCACGCUGCGAGGACACUUUGAGAAGGCCCGGGCACUGUACGAGGAGUGCAUCAGCAGCCAGCAGGAGUGGAAGCAGAUCCACCAUCUUUGUUUCUGGGAGCUGAUGUGGACUCACUCGUACCAACAGGAGUGGCAGCAGGCGUACCGCUACGCCGACCUGCUGUGCAAGGAGAGCCGCUGGUCCAAGGCUAUCUACGUGUACCAGAAGGCGGCUAUCCUCAGUAUGAUGUCUGAGGAGGAUGUGAAGGAGACGGGGGAGGACAUCACGGAGCUCUUCAGGCAGGUGGAGGGGCUAAAACAGCGCCUGGCAGGGAAGUCUAUCCCGACGGAGAAAUUUGCAGUGAGGAAGUCGAGACGCUACAAAGCUGCCAACCCCGUCCCACUGGUCAUCCCCGCACUGGAAAUGAUGUACGUUUGGAACGGUUUCACCAUCGUCGGGAAGAGAGCCGACAGCACCGAGGCCCUGCUGGUUACCAUAGAGACGGCUGAGGAGCAGCUUCACAACGAUCCCCACCCGUCAGAGUUUCAUCCAGAUGACAGCUGCCUGGUCCAGAUGUUGAAGGGCCUCUGCCUGAAACACCUGGGCAGGUUACUGCAGGCCGAGCUGUGCUUCACACAGGUCCUGUCCAGCGAGAGUCGCAUCAGAUAUGAUCACUACUUGAUCCCCUUCACUCUCUACGAGUUGGGUCUGUUAUACAAAGAACAGGGAGACUUCACCAAGGCCACCGCAUACAUCGAAAAUGCCAAGGCGAAUUACAAGGACUACUCCAUGGAGUCCAGACUGCACUUCAGGAUCCACGCGGCCCUCAGCAGCCUCAAAGGAUCACCCGGUGGCACCCCAUAAUACUCGGAAACGCCUCAGACGGCAGCUGGAAACAACAGCGUGUGAAUCAUGAAUCCAGGGGUUGAAAGAACCACCCCUGAAUGAAGAAGCUUAGGUGUGUCGGGGGUUUGAUUUCCACUGACUCUCCUCUUAUUCUCCAUCGCUUGCAAGCUUAUAUUGUAUGUUAUGUUUUUUUCUUAUUUAUUGUUUUGUAUUGUGUGGAAAGAUAAGAUUAUUUACUUCUCAAACAGGCUCGGGCUUCCCGUCAGCGUCUGCCAGCUAAUACUGAGAUUUGAUCUGUAGAUGCAACGCCAUGGUUCAACGCCAAAUGUCAAGUUAAUCACUAUACUGAUAGUUAAAGGGUCAUUUUGUGGGUUUUUUUUCAACCUAUCUUUCCCCAUGCAUUGGUGUCUAAGUGACUGAUGUGAACAAGAAUCCAGUAUUGAGCGAGAACGCUGUAACCGGCAGCCGUGAACUGUGCUGCAACGUAAGCCUUAAGAACAAUUCUUAGCGUCACUCAGCGUCCACUAAAAGUUCUGUUGUUGCCGCUGACAGACUCAGAUUAUUAUUCUAAGUGUCUGACAACAU